GUUGAGGUCGUGAUGAUUACUAUUCAUCAAAUUGAGCUAAUUUCAAGAUCUCUUUAGCAACCUUUUCUACUGUGUUUGAUAAACUGUUUUGACCUUGAUAUCAUCAGAUGCUGAAGUUGUUAACCUUAGGCUCUCUGUCUUCAAAGGCAUAUUCAUCUGUCGUCUCUCCUUCCAAGCACUUGACUAUCAGAACUCAGAUUAAAACAAUGUUAGGUAAUUCUGGAACAAACAUUUCUCAAGUACAUCAAGAAGAGGAGCUGGCCCGAGGAAAGUGGUUGGCACUCAACAAUUUUCACUGGACAGACCACACGGGUAGGAAAAGAGUAUGGGAAGUGGCAAGUCGCACAACUCGAGGACUAUCGGAGCAGGACAGUGUAGCCGUAACUGCUGUUAUUAACAGGGCCGGACACCCCAGUGCUCUAGUCCUUAUCAAGCAAUUUAGGCCUCCACUUAAAGCCUAUACAAUUGAAAUGCCUGCAGGACUAGUGGAUACUGGGGAGACAGCAGAAGCUGCAGCUUUGAGGGAGCUCAAGGAGGAAACAGGGUUCUCAGGGGUUAUAACUGGAAUAGGCAGAUGUGUUGCCCUUGAUCCUGGUAUUUCCAAUAGUACCAUGAGGAUUGUUAAUGUUCAGAUUGACGGUGACUUGACAGAAAACAAGAAAGCUGCCCGUGUCUGUGGUGUAGAUGGUGAGCACAUUGAGGUCCUUCUUGUGCCAAUAUCAUGCAUUCAGGAUUAUCUGUCAGAUUUUGCUGCCAGUGGUAUGACAGUUGACUCCAGAGUGCAUUUUGAUAUCCAGUCCUAG